CUCCCAUCAUCGACAACAAAGGCGCAAUCAGCUGCACCAGCAGACCGAGUCGAGAGAAGCCAAACCCGACAGCUCGACAUCACUUAUCGACAUCUCCUUUUCGUUGUCGUCGUCGUCGGACUCUCGCAUCCCCGCCUCCCGUAUCUGACCGCAGUGCUGAGCUCCUUGCCGGGGACCAGUCCCCCCUCGCGCACGUAUGAGCUGGCAGGUGGCUUCGGGCAUGGGGUCGAACGUUGGCAACGGCAUGGGCGGGCCUGGUGGAAACGAGAUGGGCGGUGCGAUGCAGGGCAACGGCGGCAACCAGCCUCAUGCGACUGAAUACACACUGCAGGGUGUUAUGCGCUUCCUCCAAACCGAAUGGCACCGUCACGAGCGGGACAGGAAUGCUUGGGAGAUUGAGCGCCAGGAGAUGAAGGCCAGGAUAGCCUCCCUCGAAGGUCAGGCGAGAAGGUCCGAUGCGACGCAGAAGGCCCUCAAGAAAUACGUCGCCAUCCUUGAGAAAAAGGUCAAGGACCAGGCUGCACAGCUCAAGGGGGGGGGCAAGGCAGGCGGCCAGACAACGAAACCAGAGAAGGAUAGAGCUGCCUUGAUUCAGGAGAAGCUUCAUUCUUCCAAGAAACCUUCCGACGCCGAUCCUAACGAGCUCGAGGUUGAGAAGGGCGACGACGAAGCGCAACGUGCCGACCUCAAGUCUUUCUUGGACCAGUGCCAAGCCGAGUUCACCUACCUGAUGAUCACGCCCGCAAACCCCUUGCCUCCCCGAGAAUCACCCCCGCUCCCGAUACUUGAAGAUUUGCGCGAGGGUGAGCCUUUCGGCGUUCAAGGCGGCAAGGCGUUCCAGGAACCGCCCUUUUCCUUCGCAUCCUCCUCUCUGGUGCCACAGAACCACGUCCGCGAAGCCAAUCGGCCUCCUCCUGCUCCGAACCACGCGCCUCCGAUGCAACGAAGUCAGCCGACCAGUUUUCCUGUGAAGCCAACUGAGCAGCAGCAGCAGCAACAGCAACAGCAACAACAACAACAACAGCAGCAGCAGCAGCAGCAGCAGCAGCAGCAACAACAGCAACAGCAAUCUAUGCCGUCCUCGAACCCUGAAUCCGCGCCACCUGUCAUGUAUGCUGCCGGCACAGAGUGGCCUCAGCCCAUGUCGGUUACUGCCCGCAUGCUCGACGAUAACAUGCAGCAGCGUCCGACUCAUACUGUGGAAUCUAUUAGCAGCGUGGAGCCGACAGAUGAGCCCCAGCCCAGUCGCCCUGCCCCUGAGUCUGAUGGAUGGGAUUUUCCCGAGGGAGCGUUCCCGGAAUCCAACACAUCGCAACCUCUGCAGCAACUCACAAACCGACCUGACACCGAUGCCUUUCCAGCCGCAGACAACCUCCCCAAGUCACCCAACCGUGGACCAAGUUCUAAUCGCCGCAAAGGAUCAAUGUCGCGAAGACGCAGCGCAGACCAUGAGCUGUCGCUAAACGCGGCUACUCAGAAAGCCGAGACGGGCAACUUUAAGCUGCGGUUUGGACUGCGAGGUCACCUGGAUACGGUACGGACUGUAAUCUUCUCGGGCGGCGGCAGUCCUGGAGAACCCGAGAUCUGCACCGCUGGCGACGAUGGCAUGAUCAAGCGCUUUCACAUUCCUCGUAUCGACAGUCACGGUCAGACCAACGCCGCAUCGGACCUUGACGUAACAGCCAACUUCUCUCACCGUGGCCACGCUGGGGCAGUGCUUUGCUUGACUUCUUGGUCGCCGUCUCCUAGCUUUAGCACUGGUGGCCGUGCCCAAGGCGAUGGUUGGAUAUUCUCUGGUGGUCAGGACGCGACUAUCAGGGUCUGGGAACGUGGCAGAGUUGAUCCGAAAGCCACGCUCGAGGGCCACACCGACGCCGUCUGGGCAUUGUGCGUGCUGCCGACCACUCUUGGCGCCGUCUUUGGCCAGAAUAGUCAAUAUGGAGGCCCCGAUCGCAUCUUGCUUGUCUCCGGUGCCGCCGAUGGAUCCGUCCGUCUAUGGGCCGUCAGCGCACCACCCCAGCUGACCUCUCCUCAACCAGGCACAAACAGAGCUGGUCCAUCAGGCAGCCGGGGCCGCGUCCGUGGCAACUCGAUGAGCUCGGGAAGUGCUUUCUUAAGCAACCCGCAACCCAGCAUGGCAUCCAACUCGCCCUUUAACCACACUUUGGUCCACAACAUCAAGAGGCCCGAGGGCAUCGAUGCCAGCCCUACGUGCAUCACCCCUCUCAGCCCUAGCGGCGGAACCUUUGUCGUCUCUUACUCGGAUGCAUCCAUUCUCGUCUACGACACUAGGUCAGGUGAACAGAUCGGGACAAUGGAUAGCUCGGAGACAUACGAUGGCUCAAUCAACACAAGCGUCAACGCUGUUGUUGCGACGACUGUCGGACUGGAGCAGUCUCAAAGUGGCCUAUCUGAAGAGGACAGUAGUGCUGGUGGCGGACCGACGGGCGGAGGUAGGUCCAUGGCAGGGUCCGGCGUCGAAGGCGUCAUCAUUUCCGGACACGAGGAUCGGUUCGUGCGGUUCUUUGAUGCCAAUAGCGGGCAAUGUACAUACAAUAUGCUAGCCCACCCGGCAUCGAUUUCGAGCCUUUCCCUCAGUCCAGAAGGCCGCGAGCUCGUUAGCGCAGGCCACGAUGCAUCACUGCGGUUCUGGAGUCUCGAGAAACGGUCCUGCACGCAGGAAAUUACGAGCCACCGUAUCAUGCGCGGCGAGGGCGUGUGCUCUGUCGUCUGGAGCCAAGACGGCAAGUGGGUUGUCAGUGGCGGCGGUGACGGCGUGGUGAAGGUCUUUGCGCGGUAGAUGGGGGCAUCGUGUAUGUCCUCGUUGAAGAGAAGCGACGAAGAGAGCGGAUAUACAAUAACAACGACAGCAUAGCGUCUGAUGAAAUGGCGUCGUCUUUGGGCCAUUGCUUGCUCUGGACGAACGUUCUGAUAGUAACUCUAGCUUGGUUGCCGGGGCAUGAGAUGAAGAAA